UUUGCUUUGAAGGCCGUAGACCUGGUCGUGGUUUACGGAUUUAUUUGUCAGAAGUUUGGUUGAUUGUAAACUUAUCGUUCAUAUAUGUUGACACCAGUCAUUGCCAUGCUGUACUUUUAAUCCAGCAAGCCAAAAUACCGUUAAAGAUCAUCUCGCGAUACAAAUGAAUAAUGAUAUUUUUGGAAAUACUCAAUAGAGCGGUUGAGGAAUCUCUUCUAUAUCGAUUUGAGAAUGCAAAGAAUGGUUUAAAAUUCGAGAAAUUCAACCAAACACUAGCUGAUUUUGAUGGUGCUAUUUAUCAUUUAAGAAGUGUCCCAAAUGACCGAUCAAAAAUUCUUGUCAGUAUUACACUAAACUUUUUUCAAGAAUUACAAGAACAUGGAGCAAACGAGGUAUUGAGAAGAGAAUACGGUCAGUAUUUAUUAAAUAAACCUGAAGAUGGUUGCAGUGUCUCAUUGUUAUAUGAUCUGGAGCAUUUACCAGAAGAUUAUGCCUCAAUAGCACAGAAAGCUGCGUUAUUAAAAAGAAAUUGUUUUGCUGCUGUGUUUGAGAAAUUUUUUGAAUUUCAUGCUUCUAUGAGUGAAGAGGCUGUUGGUUGUAAAAAAGCUGUCAUACAUUAUAGACCAGAUGAAACACUUUACAUCAGUGCACUUGCCGAUCGUGUUACGGUUAUAUUCAGUACUGUCUUUAAAGAAUCGGAUGAUCUAAUUAUUGCUAAAGUAUUUUUACAGGAAUUAACUGAAGUCCGACGACGUUUUGAUCGAGCGCCUCAAGUUCUAUAUUCUCAGUCAGUACCUCCUAGUGAAUUAGCUGGGACAGAUGCAGCUGUCGGUGAAAAUGUGGCGUAUAUUACAUUUGUUCUAUUUCCUCGACAUCUUACACCACAAGCAUCUCAACGUACCAUCAAUCUUAUCCAUAUAUUACGCAAUUAUUUACAUUAUCAUAUAAAAUGUUCCAAAGGCUAUAUUCACCGAAGAAUGCGUGCUAAAACAUUUGAAUUUAUUAAAAUUUUAAAUCGUGCUAGACCACAAUUUUAUUGUUUAAAUCCUGUUAUACAAACUGGCACUUCUAUGAUGACAACAACAACAUCGAUGAAGUCAAUUUCUUCAAAUUCAUUCAUCACAGAUAAUAGCAUUACAGACGGUGAAAAUGGUAUUGAUAAUCAUAAUAAUAGUAGUAAUGGUAUUGAUAUUAUUAAUAAUAAUAAUACCAAUGGUAGUAUUAAUCCAACUAUGCAGACAUAUCAAAAAAGUACAAUGUCAGCAAUGAAAGAUACUGGAUCAAUGUCACAACAACAUCAGCAUUUAUCAACAACAUCAGUUCAACAAACACCACCAUCCUCCUCCUCAUCAUCAUCAUAUACAACUCCUCCUCCUCCUCAAUCUUCAGAUUUCAUGCUCAAUAAUGGUUAUAUAUAAAGUAUUUUGAAAAAAAAGAUGUAUUUUAAAUUUGUUUCCCACUCAUUUUGUGUGAAUGUAUGUGUUUGUUCCUUCAUUUUUACUUGUGCCAAACAAUCUGAAUACAUUUACUAAUACUAUUAAUACUAAGUAAUAUGUAUACUGGGCUAUUCAUUAUAGAACAAACUAAAAAAUGACUUCCUAAUAUCAAUUUAUUAAUAAUAGUAUCAUAUGCAUAGAAAGAAAAGAACAGAGUUAUUUCAUCUCUUUCUCUCUCUCUGUUUAUGUGGCUUAGUUAGAUCAACUUCUUCCAUAAACAAUCACCAUCAUCUUUUUUGUUUUUUCUGAUUGUGCAUAUGUGAUAGGUAGUGUAAUUGUGAAUAGUUUCAUUUUAAUAAUAACUCGACAAGGAAAAGACCUGUGAUUUUAUCUUAGUUACAACUUCAUUUUCUACAUUUGGAUGUGUAUGCCUAGAUUGAUUAUGCAUGUAAGUAAUCUAAGAUAUAUAUAUAUAUAUACCUAUGUAUUUGAAAAAUCCUUCCUUCAUUCUCUUAUCCAUAAAUCAUAUCUUCUGCAUGGUAUCAUUCUUCAUACUACAUUAUUACCGGUUUAUUUUUUAUUUAUCCUUAGGGUUUACUGUAUUGUAAUAUGUUUAUCCGUCGUCGUCAUCAUCGUCUUUGUUGUUGUUGUUGUUGUUGUUACUGUGUUCUCUUCUUUAAUCAAAAAAAAAUAUUGAAAUACAAAUGUUUGCUUUGUUUUGUUUUUCUUUACUCUAUUCUUAUUUACUUUUUAAAUGUAUUCACAUUUUCUUUAUCCAAUUAUCAAUAGACGUUUGUUUAUUUCUUGUUAAUAAAACAUAUAAUGAACAUUAUUAAUUGUUAUGAAUAAGAAAUGAAUAUGUAUCAACAUUGUACUUUAUCUGCGGGAUACAGUUGUUUCCUCUUCUUCUUCUUCUUCUUCUUCUUCUUCUUCUUGUUUCUAUAAUUGUCCUUAUUAUUAUUAUUAUUAUCUUGUAAAAGGUGUAGAUGAUUGUUUCUUAGUAACAGAAUUUCCUACAAUCCCUCCUAUAAGAAAGAAAUCAAUUGAAUUUUUGUAAUAUUGAAUAAUAGUAUAGUAGUAUAAAGCAUUUAUUAAUGUUAUUGUAAACAUAUACAUUAUUUACUAUUAUUAUUAUUAUUAUUAUCAAUAAUGAUAUUACUUUAUAAUGAUUAUUAAAUAAAUGACUAUUCAUCUUAA